ACAUAACAUAGGGAGAAUUGCGGAAUUCGGAGAAAUCUUGACGAAAUUAGUAAAUUUUGAGCCUCUGUGUGUGGAUUUCAAACCCGGGUUUAAAGAUAUUUAGGACUUUAAAAUGAAAAUCGUUUGUUUGUAUAAUAAUUCAGAAGUCGAAGUCGGUUCAACUGGUUAAAGAGGGGACUUGUAUGGUCACAGGUUCAACUCCCGAACGAGGAGGAUGUAUGAUUAUGCCUCCUGGAUCAGAGCUUGUCGCUUAAGUGCGGUUUACCUUGGUUCACGUGGUUUGCAGGCUAUUACGUACUUUUUUCAGUGACUUAAUUUUUUUAUUAUUACAUUUUUGAUAAUUUAUCAUUUGUAAGUCACAAUUUUAAACCCAGCAAAAUAAUUUCUGAAAAGGAAGAGGCAGCUGCAGUGAUCUCGGUAUUUUUACUUGUAAAAAUCAGUUAACUUGUACGAGUGCUCGGAUACUGAGAUCUCAAGUUCUCCUUCCGGUAACAUGUAGGUUUAAAAAUUUGAAUGGGCAGUUAAGCUGGUGGCAAGAGGUAAUGCAUGCACACGCACCAAAACAUGGUAACACAGUAAGAAUCAAUCAUUUGUAGUGGGUUAAAAGGCAGAGUAAUUAUAUUUGAAAAAUCUUCAAGUCAACCUACUCAUCAUUUGGUCUCUGUUAAUCAAGGCACCACCUCAUUUCCCACUUAAAUGUCUUUUACUUUUUAUUUCAAGUACCAACAGUUGUUGCAGAUCCGGAUCAGUAGUGGUGUCCUUAAUUCUGUAUAUAUAAUUGGCCACUUAUAAUCCUCAAGACAUUAACAAACUGCUUCCUCAUAUAUAACAAACAUACAAACAAAAAUUAUGGGUGGAAACAUGAAGGUGCAUCAGUAUGAGUUUCCGCGAGGAAUGUUGAUCAGAAGCUGGGAUCAGCAGUCACAGCUAAUCGAAUCCGCGUCUCCCGCGAGCCUUUCGAGUUUUUGCCAGCGCUUCCGCCCUUUGCUCCCUAGUAGCCACACUACUAGUGGCAGCAACAGCAGCACUGCCUUCCGGUUUGAUCUCAAGAGUUUUAUUAAGCCUCAUCAUUGCAGCUCAAAUGAAACAAAUGUUGUUUCUUCAGGCUCUGAUGACAAAGUUGGGGAUCAUCGAUUGACUCAGGUGCAGGUGGAGACGACGACGCACCCUGGAGGGACGAGAUGGAACCCGACGCAAGAGCAAAUAGGGAUAUUAGAGAGGUUGUACAAGGAAGGAAUGCGCACCCCGAAUUCACAACAAAUCGAACAAAUCACCUCGCAGCUAGCGAAGUUCGGCAAGAUCGAAGGCAAAAAUGUGUUUUACUGGUUCCAGAACCACAAAGCCCGCCAAAGGCAGAAGAUGAAGCGUCGUAGCCUUGGCCUUGCUCACUCUCCGCGAACCUCCAUGGCCACGAUAUCGUCAACAAGCAGCUCAAUGGAAGAUCAAGAAUUUGAAGAUGGUCCAUUGAAAAGGAAGCGCGGAGCAAGGUCAUUUCUUGAAAGAUCAGAAUGUGAUGAAAUGAGCACCCGAGAAGAUAACAGAGGCGUCUCAACCAAAUUUGAGGCCUUAAGCGACGGUUUAUCUGGCCUUUUAACUAACUCUACCUUGAAUGUUCAAAACCAGACGCUAGAGCUCUUCCCAUUACACCCAGAAGGCAGAUCACGAUUAAUAAUUAAUUAAUUAAGCGAGCUCUCUGAUCAAAUAAGAUUAUUCUUUCGGUAUAUCUCGUUAGCACUUUGGUGAAAUGCAUGCUUUGAGGAGUGCUUUAUCUUGCUUUUCUUUUUCUUUCUUUGCUUCGGGAAAGAAGAAAGACAAGCUGUGUUUUGUACCCUCUCUGAUCUUCUGUGUUAUUUAUUCCUGACUAUCUUGCGACCAUUUUACUUUUAUUUGUCCCUUGAUCUUGAAAUAUUGACAGCUACUCUUUGUUUCUUUGUU